AUGGCUGACGAUACCCCUGUCUCUGCGCCCCAAGGCGAGCAGCCCGAGCGCGCCACUGAGCAACCCACUGACUCUGAGAACAAGUCUGAGGAUGUCACCUUGUCGGAAGACAAGCCUGCCGAGACUGAAGCUGCGCCCGACAAGAAGACGGACGCUGAAGCUGAGGCUGAUAAGCCUGCUUUCUCUGACGAGGCUCCUGAGGCCAAGGCCGAUGGCGAAGCCGCCGAGGCUGCACCUGCCGAUGCGGAGGCCGUUGCGCCCGCGGAGGCCAACGGAACCCCUGCUUCAGCGAAGAAAUCCUCCAAGAAUCGCCGGACCUCCACUGGUGCCACCCAGAAGCUGAGCCGCAAAAAGUCUCAGAGUCGCAUCACCCACCUGGACGCUAAGCCAGGCCAAACUUAUCUUGCCCGCCUUCGCAGUUAUGCGCCCUGGCCCGCUAUCAUCUGUGACGAGGGUAUUCUGCCACCCAGCCUUCUCGAAACUCGUCCAGUUACUGCCAUGCAAAAGGAUGGAUCCUACAAGGGCGAGUAUGGUGACAAUGGCAGGCGCGCCCAUGAGCGUACCUUCCCCGUCAUGUUCUUCGAUACCAAUGAAUUCGCCUGGGUUCCCAACACUAACCUGACUCCUCUCGACCCUGCCGAGUGCAAAAAUAUUUCCGAGAAGAAUAAGACCAAAUCACUCAUCAAUGCCUACAAGGUUGCAUCCGAGGGCCACAACCUUCAAUACUUCAAGAAGCUGCUGAACGACCACCAGGCAGCUAUUGACCAGGAAGAAGCUGAGUUGGAAGCCCAAGAAGCGGAGAAAGAGGCUGCCAAGGCCGCAAAGGAGGCCAAGAAGGGCAAGCGUAAGAGCAAGGGCGCUGAGACCGAUGUUGAAAUGGAGGACGCGGAUGACUCGAAGAAAUCCAAGGCUCCUUCCAAGAAGCGCAAGAAGGAUGCUGAGACCGAUGCUGAGACGGAAAAGCCUGCUAAGACUCCCAAGUCUAACACAAAGCUGAAGUUGACCACCCCCAAGGCUCCUACCGAGGAUACUGGCAAGAAGACUCCCGCCAGCAAGACCAAGAAAGCACCUGCCAAGAAGGCCAAGGCAGCUCCCGUUGCCAGCGAUGAAGGAGACAGUGCCGAUGCUAAGGAAUCCGAGAAGCCGAUUGACCCAGAGGAACUGAGAAAGAAGAAGGAAAAAGAGAGUAUGAGAUCCCCCAUCUCCCCCGACGAGUCCGAUCAGGCCAGCUUAUACCUUACAGUUUUGUUCCUCCGCCACAAACUCCAAAAGGGGUUCAUCUCCCGCGACCAACCCCCCAAGGAAGAUGAAAUGGCUAGCAUGGCCGGCUACUUUGACAAAUUGGAAAAGCAUUCAGACUUGGAGGUGUCGAUCAUCCGUUCGACUAAGAUUAACAAGGUCCUUAAGAUGAUUGUCAAGCUCAACUCGAUUCCCCGGGAUGAGGAGUUCAACUUCCGUCACCGUGCCAUGGGCAUCUUGUCUAGCUGGAAGAACAUCUUGGACGCGGACACCCCCGGCCCGGCGGACAAGGAUGAGAAGUCCGCCGUUAACGGAUCCAAGGAGGAGGAUGGUGCUGAAACCCCCAAACUGGAGACAGAAGAGGAAAAGGAGCUCGAGUCCAAGUCGACUAAGAACGUUGACUCCCCAAUGCCUGACGCGGAUGAGAAAGCCCCUGAGCCCGAGAAGGAAGAAAAGCCUGAGGAGAAGGCAGCUGAGGAGCCCACCGAGGAGAAAUCUGAGGAAAAGCCCGCGGAGGCUGCUGCUUAA